AUGAACAAAAUCAACACCACAUGCGGCAAAUCCAGACCGUUUCCCCCUCGUAUUUUCCCUGCCAUUUCCAUCUCCACUUCUGCUUCUGGGGAGAGCAGGUGCAGUCCCCGCGGUCCCCAGCAGAGGGCAGUGUGUCUGGGCUGUCCCCGCGGUCCCCAGCAGAGGGCAGUGUGUCUGGGCUGUCCCCGCGGUCCCCAGCAGAGGGCGCUGUGGCUCCGCACUCACACUGACCUUGAGGGAGCAAAGAGGCAGUUACAGGCCCCCGGAGCGGGACUGGGAGAGGUUUACAGCCAGUACUCACUCCAGUACUUACCAUACCAUCAAUCUGCAGAGACUGAGCCACAAACUUCAGUCCAUUUGGCGCUGAUUAAACCCUCCCGCCUCGGUCCCAUCUCCGGCGGCGGCUCCUGGAUGCGCGCUCCUUCUCGUCGCCGGUAA